UCAACCAGCCAGGAAGCUUGUUUUCAGCGUCGCCCUUUUUUCUUGCGCUGUUGUAUCAGUGUCGUUAUCGGUCACGACCGCAAACGACUCACGUCAACAAUGAGACGCACACAUGUUACAACAACUGACAACAGGUCAGCGAGCAGUGAAAAGAAUGGCGCGCGGACGCAAUACGCACGGCGGCGCUGUUGCGCCUGAGCGGGCUUGAAGAGCAGCGCCGACCACGAAGAAGAAGAAGAAGAAGAAGAAGAAGCAGGAAGACGCCGCUGCAGCUGAAACACUCGAGGAAAACCCGCUCUCUCUGGUUGAUCCGCCGCGAGUGACGUGCGAGCCGAGACGCAUCGACGAUGAUCGAGGUGGUGUGCAACGAUCGCCUGGGUAAGAAGGUCCGGAUCAAGUGCAACGGCGACGACACCAUCGGGGAUCUGAAGAAGCUGAUCGCCGCCCAGACGGGAACCCGCUGGGACAAGAUCGUCCUGAAGAAAUGGUACACCAUCUUCAAGGACCACGUGUGUCUGAGCGACUACGAGAUCCAUGACGGCAUGAACCUGGAGCUGUACUACCAGUGAUCCCUGGAGCCGCGGCGCCGGCCGGCCAUCUGUUUGUCUGUUUGGGUGUUUUGGAAAUAAAGUUGCUAUGGAAGUCACCACCGUAUCUGCUGCGGUCUCUGCUGCAGGUCGACCGUGACGGAGGUCACGUGACCAGCCGAGGCAGAGCCCCCGGCUGGGCUGGCUGGGUCACAUGACCCUGGAGGAAGGAACACGGCCAGAAGACUCUUGGAUUCUUUAUGGAGGAAACGAACACAGGAGGCCUGGUGGCUCAGCUGUAGUCGGAAUAGUCUUCAUCCACGUAGUUGGCGGGAAACAGGCCGACCUGCAGGAGAGAUGGUCAUCAAGCAGCCAGCUCGCGCGGUGCGGCUGCUGCGUGCGCGUGCGGGUCCUCACCCGGCCGUACACUUCCCCCUUCCACCACCCGCUGGCGCCCUUCUUGGACAGGAUCCGAAUGGUAUCUCCU